AAAAACUGGGGGGAGGGAGGGGUAAGGGGGAGGGAGGUUGAUCACCACCAAUUUCCGAGUGAAAAUUAUUGUUGUUUAAGGGUUUGGGUUUUGGUUGGGUUCAUACAUGAUGGUUUAUAGAUUUGCAAUCUAUUUUGUUCUAUUUUUUUCCAUUGAUUUUUUUUUUAAGCAGUUUUUCAAUUUCAACUUUUUUACGAAUUUAUACUUCUCUAUAUUUUUUAAAUUGUUGUUUAGAUCCUAAAUAAACAUGAACGAAAUUUGUUGCUUGGCAACAACUAAAGAAAAUGUAAAGAAGUUAAAAAACCAUUUGGAAAAGCUUGGACUUCUCAACAAGCAAUACCGCAUAACAAAAGUGGACAACACGUUUUUGAUACCUAUUACAUUCGGAGAAAGGCUUCUGGAGGAUGACUUUCAGACAAGGUUAAGCAAAUUAACGUUGUGCGCCUUCUCAAUACUUUAUAUCGACAAAGACCAACUAUUAGCGGUAAAACUAAAAACGCCUCACGAAAAAUUACAAGAAUUCGUGUUAUCUUACAUGAAAACAAAUUCCCUGAUUGAAUGCAAUUUACAGAACAUAAUGGCGGAGUUACCCAAAAAGUGGGAAAUACACGGUGAUCUGAUCAUGUUUCCCGAUUCUGCGUUUUAUUCACCCGUUUGGAAUGAUUUUCCUGAGGAGUUCUGGAAAGAGCUAGUAGAAUUAUUUUCCGUUAAACGCGUUGCCGUGACGUCUCGAAUACGUGAUGACGGCUAUCGUACGCCCAGAGUGAUAAUUAAGUUAGGGCGGGACGGAUGGGUGGAACAUGUUGAUAAUGGAAUAAAGUAUACGUUUGACGUGACGAAGAACAUGUUUUCGAAGGGAAACAUAACAGAGAAGUUGAGAAUAUCAAACAUGGAUUGUACUGGCGAAAUAGUCGUGGACUUGUUUGCAGGUAUUGGGUAUUUUGUGCUUCCGUUUCUUGUUAAAGCGAACGCGAAGAAAGUUAUCGCUUGCGAAUGGAAUCCUGACGCCGUGUUGGCGUUGUCGAAGAAUUUACUGUUAAAUAACGUCAACGGCAGAUGUGAAAUCAGAGAGGGCGAUAAUCGCUUGGUUGCACCAAAAGGUAUUGCUAAUCGAGUCAAUCUUGGUUUGAUCCCAACCUCCUCUGCAUCGUGGCAAGUCGCUUGCGAUGCAUUAAAUCGUACUACAGGAGGUUAUUUACACAUUCACGAGAAUGUCGAAAGUUGGUUAAUCGAGUCAAACGAGUCAGAUGAUAUUAACAUUCUCAAGGAAAAAAAUUGUGCUUGCAAAGACACCUGCAUAGUGACUCAGACUUAUAAAGGUUGCUUAAGCGAGACAAAACGUUUGUCGUGGUGUCGUUUUACUUCAUCAUGUUUAGCAGCACUUCGAAGCAUGUUUGAUUUAUCGAGUCAAUGGAAUAUUGAAUUGUGUCAUAUUGAGCAAGUGAAAUCGUACGCGCCGCAUGUAGACCAUUUAGUGUUUGAUAUAGAAUGUCGACCGAAAAACUAAAUUUUACCAAAA